CCCUGUUUCUUUGGAUAAAUUGCUCCUGUCAUAUCCUGUCUACAGAGAAAGACCUGUUAUAACCAAACACAAGUGCAGAGUCACUCAGGCACCCUGCAGGAGAGAAGACAGUCACAUCUGUGUAGUGUCUGAGGCUGGGAGGGAUUUUCUUGGAUGGGAAGUGUGUGAACAAAUAGCAAAGAAUGGUUCCUGUUAAACUCCUCAUUCUGGGAGCGCAGAACACUGGAAAAACAGCACUGUGUGUUCGGUUUAUAACGAAGCGUUUUAUUGGCGAAUAUGACCAUAAGAACGAGGUGACAUACAGAUGCAGUCGGAUGGUGGACCAGGAAACAGUUGACCUGGAAAUCUUGGAUUUACCUUGUAAGAGCUCUGUGGCUUCUAUUGAGUCCUCCAUUCGCUGGGCUGAUGGUUUCCUACUGCUCUACUCUAUCACUCAGCGCUCCAGCUUCCUGGAAAUCCCUCGACUUAAAACGCUCAUUGACAAAACCAAGCAAAGUCUCGUUUUUCCUACAGUGCUGGUAGCCAAUAAGGCAGAUCUGGAAGUCGGCAGGAAGGUGACAACAGAGGAGGGACAGAGACUCGCCAAAGAUCUAGGGUUUUGUAUACUUAUGUUUGUGCAACUGCUCUUUAGAAAUGUAGCAUUUCAAUUUGUUUCCCUGCUAAUUUUCUUUCUGUGUCUUAUGUGCAGAUGCGGUUUCAGAGAGCUGUCAGUAGCUGAGGCAGUUUUAUCAGGGGAAGCAGCAAUUUUCCAACUCAUCAGGCUGACGCUGGAUCAGCAGCGCCCCCUACCUGACAGGCGCUCCUACAUGCUAACAGUCCGCAAUGCUUUGACCAGGAAGCUGACCCGCUCAAAGACCAUGCAGUGGUGACAGCGGCAAGAUAUUCAGCAAAAAUCUAACUUUUAAGUGAUUUUAUCUGGAGAUAUUUUAUAAAUAAAAAACGAAAUGAUCAAUGAUACAUUUGUAUUUGUGUAAGGAUAAAAGUGAAUUUACCUAUGUUUCUUCUGUUUGUGUCUUUUCUUUUAAUAAAACUGAAGUAUUUGCUUGGA